AUGACGAACUCUGCGGAAGAGUUAUUCUCAAAAGAAGCCUUCGAUUUUUCCGAAUACUUUAUUGAAAGGAAGCCAAACGAAUGGAAAGAGCUUGACUUCGUUAAAUGGCUGAAUGAAAAGGAAUCUCGGUGUAAGAGCUUUUUGGAACAGGCGACAACCAAUGACCAGGACCACUUGAAAUCUUUUGCCAAAACUGCAUUAAAGUCUGCCUUAACGGAAGUUCAGGCGCAAGACAUCUCUAUAGCCACACGUUAUAGAGACAUGGCUAGCUCCAUAUUGGAUAGCCGUCUUGAAGGCAUGGUUAGCUCCAUAUUGGAUAGCCGUCCUGAGCAUACAACCACUUUACAACUAUUCUGUAAAACUAAAAUUCCGAGUAACGUUUCUGAAUGGUGGGAACAUGUUACUACACAAAUGGAACUUAAGAACACCAAAAAACUCGAAAAAUUAGUUAUGGCUAAAGACUCUCUAUCUCAGGUCGAGUGGACAGCAAGUCGAAAUGAGAGAACAAGAAAGAGAUUUUUGGAAGUAGAUACAUUAGAUGAAAAUGAUUUGAAACAUGAUGAAAAGAUUUCCAAAAAAAUCUGUCAAAGCACCAAUGAACUACUACUAACUCCCGCCUUGGACGGUGGCAACAAUGACAAAAAAGAGAUCGUCCCUUCAAUCAAGCAUAAUCUUAGAAAGAUUGAGAGAAAAAAUUAUGCUGAAAACACUUCAUCAGCUGACGAGUUAGAUUUGGAUCAUCUGGAGGAAAAGAUAGUUGGCGAAUUAAAUUCUGAGAUAUCUAUCUAUGAGGACGAUGAUGAAGAAAAUUCUUUAGAUGGCAGUUCUGAAGAAGAAGAUACAGCCGAACUUGCAAAUGUGUCAUUUAAUUCUUUUGUUGGUUCAAAAACUGAUAGCAAAAAUUAUAAUUGGAAAUUAAAAAAUAAUGAAAGCGUAAGAGGUCGGCUUAUAAAUAUGACAAAAGAAGCGAUUGAAGAAGCAAAAAAAACUGAAAAAGUUGGGACUGUCAUCCAUCAUAGAUCUUUCGUCGGAAGUCAAAGGAGGCAUGCACUCCUGGUUCGGGGCAAUUGGAUACCAUUAAAGAAUGAAGUGUUAUCAAAAAUCAACUUGAAAGUUGAAAGGUUCACAGGAGAAGUAUCAGAAUUAAUCACAAAAGUAGAAAAUCUAUGUGAUUCAUAUGACUAUUUGGGGGCACGAAAACUUGUAUUAGAAAAAGUAAUGGAACGACCCAUUGAUAGCCCUAUUUUAGACAUAAUAUUCUCAGAUCAACGAGAUCAUGUUAGAUUGAUAUGGGGAGAAUCAGUUUCACAAGUCACUAAUGAUUCAAGAAGAAAGAUUGAUCUUUGUAUAAGAACUGAGGAUGGCACCAAAGAGUUGAGCCAUUCCGAAUGUGCUCGGGAAGCUACAUUUAUAAAAAUUUUAAAAGACCGCAGUAAAUCUCUGAGAACUAAUAAAUGUAUACUCAACAACUACCUUGAAAACAAUAUUCUUGAUGAAACUUUAGAAGAUACAGCAAUUUUCGGGUUACAGUUGGCAGCUUUGGAAGGUCAAUUAAUUGGAAUUGAUUUAUUGGAUGAAGGACUUUAUUUUGGAUUUGAUGGACCAGCUUUUAGGUUUCCCGCACAGAUUUGUAGUAUUGGUGUCUUAAGACAAACAUUAGAGGAGAAAGUCAUCAAAAAAGCAAAACAUUUACUUCAGAAUUCAAGCGAAAAUAAGAUUACCAAACUUCUACAUUCCGAAAAUAUCGAAAGGACCGUAAAAAUGAGCAGUACUAACAAUAGUGCCAUCAAGACUAACGAAACCAAUAUCCCCGAGAGCAACGAUAAUAAUACCUCCCAAAGUAGGAAUAUUUCUUUCAAUGCCUCCAGAACCGUCGUUCAAACACCAUCUAAUACAAGAUCUAGCCAAAGAACAUCCAAUUCUAAUCGUCAACGUAAUACUGGGAGAAAUAAGCGUGAUAAUCCGGACUAUGAACCUGAAGAUGAUGACAAUUUUCAUGCAAGAAAUCCUCUUUAUUACGUUUCUAGAGAAUAUGCACAAUAUUGUUUAGAUAAUGAUGAUCAUUCUCGUUUAAGUCGUAGGGACGCAUUAAAUAUUCUAGAUCAAUAG